CACGAAAGGCUAACAAGAAACGGAAUUCAAUUCCUCCUUUGUACUUUCUAAGUGUUGGAUACAUUCGAACACAGACUGUUAAGUCGCGUCUAGUUUCUCGGUGAGAAACACUUGAGAGUGAUACUUGUUUGCACAAUUCGCACUCACAGCCUGAGACUAAUGAUCUCUGGCUGCUUUGAUCCCUGUGGAUGUUCAUUGGGGUUACAUGGAGGAAGUCUCAGCUUCAUCAUUGGGAUAUCAUGUUGCAUGGGGAAACUUUCAUAUGGAAACGCUUAUGCUAUCAUCAUUGAUUCAUACGAUCAUCCUAUGUUGAUUCUCAUCAUUGAUCAGAACUGACAGUACGUUAUGAACCUGAUUACAGCUAUGAAACAUUCAUCAUUUCUUCUAUCUGAAUACGUUGAAGGUCCUUUGCCUGAUGAUCACUGUUUUUGGAACUAUAUGCAUUUAGGUCUGUAGGUUAUCUUUGAGAUCAUUCCGGUGCUGUUUUGUCCUUGACUGUAUUGGGAGGCUUGAGCCACAAACGAGAGAGAGAGGAGAAGCCAGAGACACCCGCGCGACGGUAAACCCGUCGGGCGUUUGGAUGGUGCUCCGGUAACCUUUUGCCUGGCGAUCUUGGUCAUUUUGCUGAUCUUCAUCCUUGUGAUCUUUGUGACAUUUCGAGGAUUAUGACCUUGACCAACACCUCUCCUCAAUCGUUGCGUGUCGAAGUCCCUAGUCUCUGGACUACCACGGAAGUCAUAUCUCCUAGCUGCUCUUCUAUGGCUACGGUAUACUCGGCUAGAAACCAAAAUAAACCGAAUAUACUACACUAUAGUAAGCUAAAUCAUCCCCAUUCGUUUCAUCGUCUGAGGAAUCACAAUCAUCAUGCUCAACUUUAGUUAUCGGGUUAUCUAUAUGGUGAAGUAGUAGUCUACGUUGAGACGAACUACAUUCUAACUUAGUUAAGCCAUCAGCCUUCAUUAAGUUAGUUGGACAGAAAACUAUCUUACUGGCCGCAUCACGCACACGCAAGUAGCGAAGUGCAUAAUGGCGACUCUUCGGGCGUGUGUCAGUUGCUUUGGCUGUUGUGAUCGCGGAUUGGUUGUCGAUCCAGAGCACAGCAUUGUCUAAAGAGGGAGACAAGCCGUUCUGUGUGUGUACCAACUGAGUUGGUAGAGGCCUAUAGAAGUCUGUAAAGUCAUGCAGUUCACUAAGCACAAUAGUGUCAGAAGCUGCAAUAUAUUCACUUUCAGCCGUAGAAUAGGCACGGACAGUUUGUCGGUUACUUCUCCAAGCAAUUGGAACGCCUUUGAAAUACAUGAUCGAUCCACUUGUACUUCUCAUAGUCUUUACGCAGUUGGCGAAACCUGCAUCACUAAAGAUAUUCACCUCUGGCAUAUCUCUGCCUUCAGGUAGUAACUUUGAAUAGAUUCUAUUGAAUUCUUCUUCUUGCUCUGGUGAGUAUUCCAGUCCUUGGUCUCUCGUUGUCACCAGAUACUUUAGCACUUUUCUGGCUGCUUUAACCAUUCUUGUUGACGCGGGUUUGCUGACAUGUCUAGCCAAUGCUGCCACCGGUACAGAAAUGUCCGGGCGCGCGGUUACAGCUACCCAUAGCAAGGCACCAACUACCUCACGAAAGGGAUACCCUUCGACUAUCUUGAUCCCCUCCUCAAGAAAAGCCGACUCGUCAAAAUUGGGCGAGUAAACCGGUUUUCCGACAUCAAUUUCGAAUUUCUUUGCGAUUUUAUCAAUGUACUCCUCCAUAUUGAGCCGAAAUGUUCGAGCUUCACGGCAGUAGUACACGAUGGCACCUAAGAAGUCGAACCUGAGCCACGUUUGACCCCAAGGGGUUGGAACGGACUCCACAUCAAUCGCACGGCCAGGGGCACGCGAGAAGAUGAGUUCUAGUUCGGUCUUGAGCUCAUCAAGAUCAGGACCCGUUGCAAGAUUGUCAUCAACAUAGACUGACAUCUUGAGGAACUUCCCAGGUACCUUCGCACUCGGCUUUCUCCAUAAGCCUGGCGCAGAAUCACACGGCUCCCAGCCAAUACUGGCUAGUAUGUCGUGAUAUUUCUUGAACCAUGCUCGUGGUGCGUCCUUCAAGCCGUAUAAGGCCUUCUUGAGCUUCACGAUCUCGCGUCCAUGCUUCUCUGCCCAGAUGGGUGGGAGACGGCAGAAGACAUCGCGAUCGAGUUCAGCAUUGAGGAACGCAGAAUCUAAAUCGAACGGGAUCACAUAGUCCUGUUCUGACGCAGCAGAUGUCAGGAGCAGCCUAUUAGCGGCGUGUGAAACUACGGGAGCAAAGGUGUUUAGCUCUCCUGAACGAUCUAGAUUACCGAGGACACAAGCGCGAGCCUUGUAUCUUCCACAUCUUUUAAUAGUUAGAAUUAUGGCAAUUGGUAGAGCCUGUCGCGCGGUCGCAAGCUCCUCGUCAGAAGCUUCUUUCCACGUUUCAAAGGCUAGUAGUCUCGCAUGCUCUUUGUCAAUAACCUCCCGCCAUUUGUCGGCAUCAGGAGACUUGAGUGCUUGAGCAACGGACAAAAUCACAUAUGAUUCGACGAAUUCCUCAUCUUCGUCUAAUUCACACGUGCCACCUACUGCACUAGCGAACAGCGCCACAUUCUUUCUCAGUUCUUCUAACUGUUUCUUUGUUCUUCGAACCCUGCUGCCUGCUUUGUCCUUCGCUCCUUUUGGUCGGCCACGCUUCUUGACGUGUGUACGGCGUUCGCCUGCCACAACACGUGCUGGAGAAGGCGCUUUCGACUUAGACGGACUUAGCGGAGCAGAUGUCUCGCGAUCCUUCGCUUCAGCAUUCCCCUCCUCAAGUGAAACACCUUUUGGAGAGUCAGCUGCGUUGGAUUCCUCUACUUUAUCCAGUGUCUCAAUAAAUAAUUCGUCGGAAAUCGCGGUCGGUCCACCUGGAAUGUGCUCCGUGCCAGAGAACCCCGAUUGAUGAUCCAGCCUUUGCACUGACUGUCCAAGCAAGGGGGAGCCCAGCGACGACGCGCCACUCUGCAGAUUUUCCAGUUCGUCAUACUCAAUGUAGAUGCCCUUCUGAUCUGGCAAAAGCCAAUCGAUAUUUUUAAUUAGAUAGUCCUCUCUGAACUUUACAUCUAGGGUAGAGUAUUCCGCCCAUCGAUGUCCAAGCUUGCAACGAUCGUCAUGAGCGAAAGUUCCAACCAACCAACCAGACGACUUCGGACAGAGUCCAAGGAAGACGCCACGGCGGUACUUGGCCGAGAGCUUGGGUUCAGGAGUGUUGGCUUGAAUUUGUUCACGAAAGUAAACUAGACAACCAAAUCGGCGGAGCAUGCCGAUUGAACUCUUCGAUGAGUUUCUACCAGUCCUUUCUUCUAAGAUUUCAAUUGGACUCUUUCCAUCAUGUUGAGGCAUUUUUGCAUAGUUAUGCGGUAAACGAUCCCAGCAGUCACCAGCGUACUCGACGCAGUAACACCAGAGGCGUUUAUCAACUUUAGUCAGCAUUGUGCGUACACUGCCGAACAAAGUCCGCAUAAAACGUUCGCAGGUCCCAUUCAUCUCCGGAUUAUAAGGAACAGCCGGACUGUCUGAGACUCGCAGCGAUUGCAUAACUUUGGUCAUGUCAUCACUGCUCAGGACAGGUUCUCCAUCCCUCCGGAGGAACCACACUACCUUGUCAUCAAGUGAUAAGGAGUAGUCCUGGCGAAUGCCUUUGAUAACUUCUUCUAUUUCCUCCACACAGUCACUUUUCAGCUUAAGCGGUCGACAGAACACCUUCUUAAUUACAUCACAGAUGAUCACUAAUACACAUCUCUUUGACCUGACUGAUACGGGUUUGAUUCCAACAGCAAAGUCGAUUGCUAGUAACUUCAAUGGUUCAGGUUUGUAGUUCGAAGUAUCUCUAGCUUUUGCAUGUGGUGCGCGUUGGCCUUUAUGUAGAUCACACUCAGGGCAAUUUACCUGGAGGCCAUCUAUAUGAAAGUGCCCACAUCUUCUAUGAAGUUCGAGUCUUGUAAGGUAACAACUACUGACUCCUUCUUCUACUGUUGAACAAAUAUAACCACUAUCAGUCUCUUCUUUAAAUAAGUUGCAUGCAAGUAUGGGAAGCUGCAAGCGUGGAUGACUUCUUAUGGGUAUGGCCUGGCCGGUGUCCGUAUGUACGAGACAACCACCUGCGCCUUUGAAGUUGAAUUCCCAUCCUAAUUGCGAGCAGUUCCCUUCACCUAACCAAGGUAUAAUACGAUCUAAGUCCUUUGGUAGUGAAUCAUAAUAAACACCAUACUGGAGCCCUAAGAUGUUUGACUUUAGUUUUCCUACUCUUCCGUCUUUACUUCCAGCGCUACCAGUAAUCCUACAAGUUCUCAUAGUUAUUUCACUAAAAUCGUCUUUGUGUCUUGAAAGAUAUUUGUUUGCACAACUAUCGACUAGACUAACUUCUUCUCUUGUAGUAAUGGAACUAGUUGAAAGACUAUGUCCCACAAGUUUUACCUCCCCUGUAUUAUUUACGUUUAUUUCUUCACCCUCAUCUUCAUCCAAGUUCAGCGAGCAAAAUCCGCUUUCCACCGGUUCCGCAACUCAGCUCUGCUUUCCGCCGUUGAGAGCUUGCCACAGCUCCGCAACUUGGGACAUGUGAACCAUGCCAUUACCCUUUCCACCUUUACCCAUAGCACUACUAGAUUGGGAAUUGGUGUUCCAGUUCCAGUUUGCCUGGUUCUGUGGAUUCUUCCAACAAGACGCGGAUUUGUGACCCGGUUUGUUGCAGAUCCAACAGACUGGACGGGUGUCUUGUUUUCCAGAACCUUUAUUAUUUUUGUUCUGCGGCUUUCCUUUGCCGUUCGAAUUGGAGGCAUAGACCUCGGCGGCGAUCUUCUUCUUUGUGUUUGCCUUGAAGCGCUUGAGAGCACUUUUAGACAGAAAGAUCUUACCACCUUCAUUGGCCUUUUCCUCGUCAUCCUCCUCUUCACGAGAACGUUUAUUCGAGGUCUCCUGAACAUUGACCGGGAACGCCUUCCCGAAGGAAUCGUUCUCAACUUUGUAGGUUCCCUCCUCGAUCAACGUCGCAAGACGCUUUUCAAGUCGGUCACCAAUCUGGUCAAAUGUCAGACCAUCUUCUUCCUGCAUGCGUUCGAUCGUUGCCUUGAAGUUCUUGCAGAACAGCUCGGGCAACUUCUGUAGCAGUGCACCAUUUUGUUGGUCACUUUCUGGCACUCCUGCUUCCGGCGGGUACACGGUGGGCGACUGGUUCAUGAUGUCUCGGACUUUCGACAAGAAUCCUGUGACAUCUGCAGGUUGAUCCGCGUUGUGGAACUUCAACACGCCAUCCGUAAGCGGUUUUACUUUCAUCCGUUGUUCCUGACGGUUGUUUUGAUCGAAGUGUCCUACAUCACGAAGGAGCACAACAACCUCACCUGCAUCCAUCGCAUCCACCUGCCCAUUAUCGUUCUGGUUGUUGAUGAACGACGCAGCGGCACCUUUCAGACUACGAAUAAUCGCAUCUUUCAGGUUGCGCCACUUCUGCCGAAUUGUUUCCUCCCGAUUGGUAACUCCGUUAGGAAUACCAUGAGGAGCUGCCGGAAUGCCGACUACAUUCGUGUAGUUUUGAAGCAGGCCGAGACGGCUAGCUUCCUGACGUAUGGCAAGUUGCCAUGCUCGCCAGUCGGACUUCUGUCCGAGUUUCUUCGAAAUUUCUUUCGCAUCGCAGGACAUUUUGAAAAGUUGUUUCUAGAUGGAUUUCUACUCUAUACUUAGCUCAAGGGUCAAAGUAGUGUUGGAUACAUUCGAACACAGACUGUUAAGUCGCGUCUAGUUUCUCGGUGAGAAACACUUGAGAGUGAUACUGUUUGCACAAUUUGCACUCACAGCCUGAGACUAAUGAUCUCUGGCUGCUUUGAUCCCUGUGGAUGUUCAUUGGGGUUACAUGGAGGAAGUCUCAGCUUCAUCAUUGGGAUAUCAUGUUGCAUGGGGAAACUUUCAUAUGGAAACGCUUAUGCUAUCAUCAUUGAUUCAUACGAUCAUCCUAUGUUGAUUCUCAUCAUUGAUCAGAACUGACAGUACGUUAUGAACCUGAUUACAGCUAUGAAACAUUCAUCAUUUCUUCUAUCUGAAUACGUUGAAGGUCCUUUGCCUGAUGAUCACUGUUUUUGGAACUAUAUGCAUUUAGGUCUGUAGGUUAUCUUUGAGAUCAUUCCGGUGCUGUUUUGUCCUUGACUGUAUUGGGAGGCUUGAGCCACAAACGAGAGAGAGAGGAGAAGCCAGAGACACCCGCGCGACGGUAAACCCGUCGGGCGUUUGGAUGGUGCUCCGGUAACCUUUUGCCUGGCGAUCUUGGUCAUUUUGCUGAUCUUCAUCCUUGUGAUCUUUGUGACAUUUCGAGGAUUAUGACCUUGACCAACACUAAGAAAUGAUUGCUACAAAUUUAUUAAGUUGUAGACAUAUUACAUGUACAUCAAACAAGAAAAACCGAAGAAGUCAAGUGAAACAAGAUGAAAUUAUCCCCUGCAGGAGUGAAAAAGAGGAAGGCUGCGCCAAACGUUCUUCCGCUCGCUUGGAGGACUCAGGCAACGCCGUUCUUUCAGAAGGUUUCAACCUAAGACUCUGAUUUAUUUGUACUACCGACUGUAGUUUACACACACCCUGUCGAUCUCUUCAUAAUACAAAAUAAAAUGUAAUGCGUACUAGCUUUUACAAAUGCAAUGAACACAGCAGGAGCACCACCUCCACCGGAACAGGACCACCGGGAGCCGCCUUUUACCAAGAGAAGAGGCCGCGGUGUUAUAUCCAC